AUGGGCCUGCUAGCACUGGCUGAAACAUCCUUAGGGUUUAUUACGAGAAUACUGGCGACCUUAUAUCUUUAUACAUUACAGUUAAUGAUGUCUACCGUGUAUAUGAGUGUACGCACUGUACACAAGGUAGUUAUUCAUCCUGUCAAGAGGAUUAUACAUUAUGUGGUAGUGAUUCCAUCAGAAAUAAUAUUUAGGAAUCUGGCUGCACUAGUACUGCUUCCUAUUAAUAUCCCAUUGUACAUUCUCUUUGGAUCAUCUGUGAAAAGUUUAUAUCAUUCCUUCGAUGCGAAUGCGACAACUUUCGGUGUGAUUAUGCUAUCUCAAUAUGUCUUGAGUAUGCUAAUACUGGGUUUCACAUUGGGGAUAAUGACAGGGGUGUUCCUCUCAAGUUUCCACAAAUUCGUUCCUAUUCCUAAUAUUUAUUGGGAACCCUCAAUUGGUGGUUUCAUUGAAUCAAUUAAGGGCCUGCUCUUCUCUAGGCCCACAGAAAGUCCGCGGGAACACCCAUAUAGGGUACCUAUACCUCGAUUGUCAACAAAAAGACAAUCGAAUAUGCCAGAUUCCUCAUUAUACACGGAUGCCAACGUUGAUGCUGCGGCAUCUGCAGCUGUUUCCAGCAUAUUAGAAACAGCUUCGGAUCUUGACUUGGAUCUAAUGCCUCACCAUCAACCUGAUAUUGGAAAUAUGACUCCUUUGAGUCUUCCGGAUACAAAUGAAGAUAGUGACCAAGAGUUGGGUUCUGAUGAGGAUUUGUCUGAAAUGUCAAGAUUCUGGGGCAAUGAACAGGGAUAUGGAGUAGAUACGAUAAGGACAGAAAUGACAGAUGACAUAAAUCAUUUGAUUUAUAGAAACAGAAUCAAAAAAGAUGCCGAAAAUGUGGUCGAUAUACGAAAUCUCUAA